UACACAUUAUUCACAUCAGCAACUUCCACUCUUCUUCUUUCGUCUUCUUCUUCAAUCAUUCUCUCUCUCUCUCUCUCUCUCUCUAUCUCUAUCUCUUUACCUCAUCUACACAACACGGAGACAUCUCAUUUUAAUGGAAGUUUCAACAUCAUCCAUGUCUUCAAAACCAGAACAAAUGAUGCAAAACUCAUCUCCUUCCAUGAUCUCAUCUCCUAGGUUUCAUCAGCCUCAUUCGACGACAAGAUCAUCUCCUCAUCAUCAUCAUCAUGACCAACAUCUCUCGAAUCCUUACCCAACAACAUUUGUUCAAGCUGACACUUCCACUUUCAAACAAGUCGUUCAGAUGCUUACCGGCUCCUCCACCGAUCAUACCUCCACCGGGAAGCACCAAGAAGCUCCUUCUCCGGUGAACAACAACAACAAAGGGUCAAGUUUCUCGAUUCCUCCCAUCAAGAAAACCAACAGCUUCAAGCUUUACGAGAGAAGACAAAACAACAACAACAACAACAACAUGUUUGCUAAGAAUGAUCUAAUGAUCAACACGUUAAGGCUUCAAAACUCUCAGAGAUUGAUGUUCACAGGAGGAGGAAACAUCAGUAGUCAUCAUCGUCAAAGCCCGAGAUUCUCUCCGAGGAACAGCUCAUCAUCAGACAAUAUUAUCCUGUCUCCGAGCAUGUUGGAUUUUCCCAAGCUAGGUCUAAACAGUCCCGUGACGCCACUGAGAAGCAACGAUGACCCCUUCAACAAGUCAUCGCCUCUAUCAUUAGGGAACUCAUCUGAAGAAGACAAAGCCAUUGCUGAGAAAGGCUUUUAUCUUCAUCCUUCUCCAGUCUCAACUCCUAGAGACUCUCAGCCACUGCUUCUUCCUCUUUUUCCGGUCACUUCUCCGGCGAGCAAUCCAUAAUCCCGACGAUCUAUGAGUGAUUCUAUAUAUAUAUAUUAUUAAAUUAAAUUCUAUAUAAUUCCGGAUAUUGUUUAACUAUAACUAAGAUAUCUUUAUAAAGUUCGAUCUUGGUUAUGGAGUGACUGUAAAUUUUGUGCGGUUUAUUCACUUUUUAAUCUCAAAUAUCAAUUGCAAUAUAUGU